CGUCGCCAAAGGUCUGAGCAACGUUACAGGAAGUAAGCUGCCUGGUAAAUCAGCUGACAGAGACGGUAUGCGUCACAUGAUACAAGUCCGGGGUAGCAAGCAUGUCUUCACGUCAGGAGCCCGUGUACUGGUUGGGAAAGGAAACCCUGAGGGUUUCGGCGGCCCUGUUCGCUGAGAACCGCCGACGCCUCUGCAAGGGCCUGAAGGCCAAGGAAGGCACCGUUCCCAAAUCUGUGGUGGUGCUCCAGGGCGGAGAGCAGCGGCAGAGAUACUGCACCGAUACGGACGAGGUGUUCCGGCAGGAGUCCUUCUUCCACUGGGCCUUUGGGGUGACAGAGGCUGACUGCUUCGGUGCCAUCGACGUCGACACCGGGAAGUCCAUCCUGUUCGUACCCAAGCUGCCAGACAGCUACGCAACCUGGAUGGGAAAGAUCCAUCCCCGGGAGCACUUCAAAGAGAAGUAUGGGGUUGAUGAAGUUCAGUACAGCAGUGAUAUUGCUGAUUUUCUGGCCAGCAUGAAUCCGGCAGUUCUCCUUACGCUACGUGGACAAAAUACAGACAGUCAGAGCAUCUCUCGUGAAGCCUCGUUUGAAGGAAUCAGCCGAUUCCAAGUGAAUAAUGUUCAUCUGCACCCUGUGAUUGUUGAAUGCCGCCUGACUAAGACCGAUAUGGAGCUGGAGGUUAUGCGCUACACUAACCGCAUCUCCAGUGAAGCCCACAAAGAGAUAAUGAAGCAUGUGAAACCGGGACAGAAGGAAUAUGAAAUGGAAAGUCUGUUCCGACACUACUGCUACACACGCGGGGGCAUGCGACACACCUCCUACACCUGCAUCUGUGGAAGUGGACACAACAGCUCAGUCCUGCACUACGGCCAUGCUGGAGCCCCCAAUGAUAAGACCAUCGAAGAUGGAGACAUGUGCCUGUUCGACAUGGGCGGAGAGUAUUACUGCUACACCUCUGACAUCACCUGCUCCUUUCCUGCCAAUGGCAAGUUCACGGAUGACCAGAAGGCCAUCUAUAAGGCUGUGCUGAAGUCUUCUCGCGCUGUCAUGGCGGCCAUCAAACCAGGGGUGCAGUGGACAGCAAUGCAUCGUCUGGCUGAUCGGGUCCACCUGGAGGAGCUGGUGAAAGUAGGCAUCCUGCAUGGCGAUGUGGACGACAUGCUCAAGGCCCACGUGGGCGCUGUCUUCAUGCCCCACGGAUUAGGCCACCUCCUGGGCCUCGACGUGCACGACGUGGGCGGGUACCCAGAGGGUGCAGACCGCGUGGAUGAGCCAGGCCUGAAGAGCCUCAGAAUGAACCGGCCAGUGCAGGAGCGCAUGGUGCUGACGGUGGAGCCGGGGAUCUACUUCAUCGACCACCUGCUGGACCAGGCCCUGCUCUCUCCUGCCCAAAGCUGCUUCAUCAACCGCGACACGCUGGCUCGCUUCCGCAGCUUUGGAGGGGUGCGCAUCGAGGACGACAUUGCGGUGACCGCGAAUGGUGUUGAGCUGCUCACCUGCGUGCCUCGCACUGUUGAAGAGAUUGAGCAGUUCAUGGCCGGCGACCAUGACUGCUCCAAGUCCUUCAAUCCUAUGGUCAGCCAGAAUUUCUGAGAACCUCAACUUCAGGCCCUCCAUUUUCGCAAUCCUGCCGCUGGUUUCUGCGACACCAUAGUUUGCAUGGAACAUAAGUCUGUGAGCAUAAUCAACGAUAAAAUCUACGAACGACUGCAAUAAACAAUUGUCACCUUUAAAAGCAACUGAAAAAACAUACUAUGAAAAUGUCAUGCAUAAAUGCUGCUUUCAUCAUUUGCAUGAUUAUAAGCUGUCUUGGCCAGUAAUCCACUUGAAGUGAUAACAGUAGUAUUGGGUAUACAGUACUGUGCAAAAGUUAGGCACCCUAGAUUUCUUUUAUAUACAGUUCGUCUUAAAUGUUCUUUUUUCUGCAUUAAGUGUGGCAGUAGAAAAGAGCUAAUUAGAGAUUCCAAACGUUUCCAAAGAAAGAUUAUGUUAAGAGAUAUGUUUCAUAAAAUAGAGUAACAUAUUACAUAAUAGACCCCUUUUCAGAUAAAAAGAGAAGCACGUGAGACAGCCAAAGUCUUCAGAACAACUGUGGCAAGUUCUCCAAUAUGUUUGAAACAAUCUACCAGCUGAUUUUCUUAUAAAACUGCAGGACAGUGUACCCAAGAGAAUUGAUACGGUUUUAAAUCUGAAGGGUGGUCACAACAAAUAUUGUCUCGAUUUAGUUUUCAUUUCAUUUAAAUAUUUCAUUUAAUAUUUCACUCUUUCACCCUUUUGAAAGCAUAAGACUUUUUUUUUUUCAUGUGACCAAGUCUUUUGCACAUGUACUGUAUACAUUUUUAAAGAGGAACAUCAUAUCAAUGCAACACAGUUCCACACAGAAUCAGCAUUAAAUAUUUUUUCUUGCAUCAAUGCAUAGCAAUUUGCUUUAUGCAAGUUUGGUAUAACAUUGAAUCUUUUAUUCUAUUAUAUGCAUGAUUUUUCUAACCGCAUUUACAAAUAAACUUUCUAUAGCAUUAAA